AUGCGGUACGGCUGGCUGCUGCUGUCAGCAGCCGUCGUCGCCCUUGCGGCGAGAGAGGACUCGGAAGCCAUAAAACGAGUCCUUUCCACAUGGAAUGACGGCCCUAUCGUAUACGCCGAUCACUGGAAAACUCGACAACAAGAGGAAGCCGUUCAAGAACCCUUUGAAAAUGAUGACUUCAUUGAUAUUGUGAACCAUGGCCGCUCGAAGCGAUCGAUCCACCCCUUCCUCGAAGCCGUCCUGCCCAACUCCAACGCCGCGGUGUUGUCCUCCAGGUUCUGCGAACGCCCUGGAUAUACUGGAGAGUACUGCCAGUAUCCCAUCUGCAUUGAGACGAACCAACGAGUUGUCGACCGCCCUGCUACUGAUGGAGAUGGUGCAUACAUCGAUGCUGGUUUCCUUGGAGCAAACUGCACCCGCACCCAUGUGACUGUUGUCGACGACGAGAUGUAUGACAUCAUUGUCACUAUCACCUCUGACGGCAAUAUUCAGCCUGGUUUCGACCUUGAGGACUCUACUGGAAAGCGCUACUUUGCCAAUAUUGUACUCGAACGCACCCCCACCACCAUCAGCGCCAUGUACACCACCCUGCCCCCAAACACCUACCAACUCGUCCCCGAUGUCGGUGUCCCAAAUGCCGCCUGCUACUUCGAAAUCCGAGCCAAAACCAUGCUCGCCGUCGAGGGAGGCUUCAUCACCGGCGAGGACUGGCAGACAGAGCGCUCCGACUACCCGGACCUCAAGUACACCUACCAGUACACCCUCAACACCUUUGUCGCCCACCCCUCCAACAUGCGACACCCCGGACAGCUGGCUGUCGUCUCGAUCAUGGCCGGCGGAAAUCAGGCUAGCCGAUCUCAGCCCCUGCGCACCAGAUACGGAUGUGGAUACGAAUACUAUUACGAAAGCUUCUUCUGCCAGAACCUUGGAGAGCACAUUUGGCUUGUGGAGGGAGUGACGUGGAGGGGAAAUCCCUUCCGGCGAAUGGGCGUCUUCUCCUGUCUGUACAACACCAACCGACCCACCCUUGCCCCGACCGGAUCUACUCCGGCCCCGACAAAUCCGACAAGCUGCGCCAACGGCGGUCUGCUCGUUACGAACCCCGAUGGAUCGGCAUUCUGCGUGUGCCGUGGAUUGUGGCAAGGAGCUACCUGUAGCCAGCUGGUCUGCAUGAAUGGAGGACAAGAUCGUGGAGGAAUCGCUUGCGUUUGCCCGAACGGCUUCAUCGGAACACACUGUCAGGACGUCGUCUGCUCUGACCGUGGACAAGACAACUUCUACGUCGACAAGCCCUCUCUCGUCUUCGUUGUCCGUGUUCGCAGCCAACUUCAAAAUGUCCUCGACCAGGCCCUCGCUGCCAUCCAGAAGGUCGUCAACGUCAUCGAAGCCUGGGAUCCUGAAUACGUCACCAACUUCGGCGCUGUCUUCUACUUGGACGGAAAGCUCAUCCAUGCUGCCAGCUACCGCGGAAUCUCGAGCUUCUCGGGAGCCUGGAACCACUAUGCGGCCAACGUCACCAACAAUGGAGGCAACUGCACUGAUCUUGAGUUCAGCUUCAUCGCCCAAGCUCUGCAGGGACUUGAGAUCUCCCCGCGCUCCAAGAUAUACGUCAUCACCGACUCGAUGCCCCAGGACUAUGGAGAUAAUUUGGAGACCGUCUUUCAGCUCGACUCUUAUUUCCGGGUCCCGAUCUUCUUCAUGUACAUCGAGGCCAGCCCCGGACAGGCCUGCACCCCGGAUAUCCACGACCCUGGCUUCCGUGCCAUGGACGAAAUCGCCCAGAGAACCGAGGGUCUCGCCUUCUACGUCACCAACCGAACCAGCGUCUCUGAUCUCCUCUACAACCAUAUCUGGGCCACCUUCUACCGUACCCAACUACUGGCUUUGGAUGACCUUGAGGUCUGCUCGAUGCAAUCGCUCUGGAAGUCGAUCUCCAUUGAUACGACCCUUGAUCAACUUAUCAUCGUUGCGCGCGGAACUGGGCUCACGCUUGCUAUUUCUGGUGAAGGCGUCAUCAACCCGAAGCUUUUGUACUCCGGCAAUGACAUCUACAUCUGGUCCGCUGAUGGCAUCGUCGCCGGAAACUACUUCUUCAACGUGUUGUCCUCGCAGGCGCUGUCCAGCUGCUCGUACCGUAUCUUCCAGCGCGCCUACCAUCAGGCCAGCUUCGGGAACCCGCAAUUCGAAAUGUUCUGGAAGUUCUCGCAGAACAUCAACUUCGACGGUUUCUGGCAGCAACCGGUUGUUGGCAACCCGAUGUCCAUCGGCAUCCAUCUGACCAACUUCCCCGACAGAAUCCCACCUCAAUACGUCCAAGCCGAGUUGCUCAUCACCGCCACCCGCGGAGGCGCCCCCAUCGACAUCUACUCCUCCAACGGAAUCUGGCGUGACGGCUGCGACUACAACUUCUACUUCCCGCCCUUCACCUGCCGCACCGGCAACGAGAAUCUCCACUUCCAGUUCUUCACCCGCGAUGCCCUGGGCUUCACCAUCCAACGUGCCGGAAACAUGUACUGCACAGAGUACCAUCCCACCUUCGCCCCGCCAGGUGGCUGCCAGAAUGGUGGUGUACCUGAUCCGAUGGGCAACAACCAGACUUGCUACUGCCCACCAGGAUAUACUGGACAGUUCUGCGAGCAGCUUGUUUGCUGGAACGGAGGAACGCCGCUUGGAUUUGGCUUCUGCGCCUGCCCGCCUGGCUUCAUGGGAACUCACUGCGAGACUCUGUCGUGCAUUGAGAAGGGUCCGCCACCGCAGAUCAUGACCCAAUUUGUUGACAUGGUCUUCGCCAUUGAGCUUACCACCACCGCAUACGCACAGAUCGUCAACCUCAACAAAAUGUUCCCAGAAAUCCUCCGUGACACCGUCUCUCACCACCCAGAAUGGAUCCGCAACUUCGUCCUCAUCGGCUUCAACUCUACCUGGGGAGGCACCAUCGCGACCGCCAACUCUUUCCAGCCACAAAACGUCGUCCAGGCCCUCCAGAACAUCGCCAGCAACUACAACCAACUUGACUCCUCGACCGAUGCUUGCAAUGGAACCACCGUUGAAGCCUGGCACGCCAUGGCCCAAGCCAUCAUCCAGAGGAACAUCCGCCCCGGCUCGUACAUCAACCUCUUCAUCGCCAGCGCGCCCGAGCAAAGCCGAAACCUGCCCGAGAUUAUUGAAAUGUAUGAGGCUGUCCUCGACUACAAGGUCAAAAUCACUGCUGUCGUUGCGUACAACAACGUCAAUGGCGGUAGCUAUCUGUGCAACAACACUUGGAACACUUUCGAGCUGAUCCACGACCUAUGCCGCUACUCCAACGGCGAGUCGUACAACCUUCAGCAGGCCGUCGUCGAGGGCUUCGUGCGAACGAUCCCUAUGAAGUUCAUGCAGGGUGUCGUCGCCCAUCGUCGUUACGAUAACUGUGUUGGUACCCAAUACAUCUCGGUCCCAGUCGACGCAUACGCUCAAUCGCUCCUCAUCGCCGUCCAAGGAUACCAGGCCCAGGUCGAGCUGUACAAUGGCUAUAACCGAUUGCAAAUUGCUCCCAACUUCCGCCCGCUCACCAAUGCCCAAGACAGCGUAUCUGGUUGGAACUUCUUCACGCAACGCGCCUCUUGCGAUCCGGAUUGGGACCCAGUUGGCGAUUACUGCAUGCUUUUCUCCUACCCCUCGCAAGACUAUGCGACCGCCCAGGCUAUCUGCCGCAAUGGCGGUGGCAUGCUCGCUGAUGAUUUGACCGCAGACAAGCAUGCUUACCUCGUCUCACAUGGCGCUGGUCUGAAGUUCUGGUUCGGCCUUAAUAACCAGAAUCAAACUGGAUGGCAAUGGGAUCGUGAGAACGGAGUGCCACCAGUGUCCUGGAAUGCCAGCGGUAUUAACUACUGGAACGGAGGCAGCCCGCCCACGGACAACACGAAACUCUGCGGCUUCUUUGAUUCCAGCAGCGGCACUAACAAUUGGAAUGGCGACUCGUGCCAAGUUGCGAAGUCAUUCGUUUGCCAGAAGCAUCUCUAUGACUGGAACUACCAGCCGAACAGGAUUGACGACGAUGACAUGCCAGCCGGCAAGUACUACGUGAAGGUCACGACGAAACAACCUCCAACUGACGGCUCCACCACUCUUGGACCUGGUUGCUUCAUCGAUGUCAGGGUCCAGUCUCACCUCCAGAUCUACGGCGGAUACACCGAAGACAGCCACGCUGACUUCCCCGAUCCGAGCCCGGUCUCUCAAUCAACCCAAAACCGACUUGUCACCUUCGUCGAUUCUGCCGCUUCCUUCCAACAACGGACCCCCAUCCUCACCCACGGCCUUAUCUUCAGUGCCCACAAUGAAACCAUGUGGGAUGCCGUCACCUAUCAACCCCGCGUCCUCUGCUCUCUCGACUGGAUCUCCCAACCCUUCACCUGCCCCGAUGCUGAUAAUGCUGACAAUCUCUUCGCUGUCUACCACAUGGGAGAAGAUGAGUACGGCCAUACAUUCCAGCGUAUUGUCAAUGGACAUUGCCAAAAGCCGUCGAUCACGUGUGGAAAUGGAGGCCUCCGUUACAACGGAAGCUGCGUUUGCACUGAAUACUGGCAGGGCAAGCAAUGCAGCACCCCAAUUUGCGUCAAUGGUGGAUACCUCGAUAUGACGAACACUCGGUGCUUGUGCCCUGAUGGUUUCGAGGGACCGGCUUGCCAAUAUGAGGCUUGCAUUAACCCGCAGAACUACACCUUUGAUACCUCGGGAUCUACUCUGACCGUCAUCCUUGAGGUUACUCAAAACAACAAGGACAAUGCCAACAACUUUGUCAAUGGUCUCAAUGCCGCACUCAACACCAUUACCUCCAUGCGGUACAAGAACUACUUGCUCGUCACGUUCAAUUCCAAUGGUGUCGUCUUCAACCAGAACUUCUCAUCCACCACUGGCCUGCUCGCCUCGAUCAGCUCUCAGAUUAAUGCUAUCAGCAACACCGGAAGCUGCAACCUCCCCAUCUUCGGAGCUAUCGGAGCUGCCUUCCAAAACCCGAACCUCCGAUAUGGUGGUGAUAUUCUCCUCGUUGCCUCUUCCGUUCCAAGCGAUACCGACCAGCGAUGGAGCACAAUUUUGAUGCUCAACGGAGCCUCACCAAAGAUCCACUACUUCUAUUCCGCGACCUCGACCUGCUUCAACGGUGCCGAGAUGCCGACGACUGACGAUGCAUGGCACCUUCAGCGUGUUGCUUAUGCCACCGACGGAAAUAACUUCUUCACCAACAAGGAUCAGAUCCAGAAGGCUAUCACUGUCUACCUGCCAUCUAUAGCAACGCUCAGCAACACUCUCUCCCACCCGACCUACUUCUCCAACUUCACCUGCGAAACUCCUACCAACUGGUACCUCCAAAUCGACAACGAUUCGACCGACAUCUACAUCUCUGUAUCUAAUGAUGUUGCCUCGAUUUCGGUUGUCGACCCCCGUGGAAACCAACUCCCACCGGAUGUCCUCUACAGCUACGGAAGCCAGAAGUACUACCACAUCCACAAGAACGAGGCUGGAACCUACUUGUUCACGACCUCCGGACCUGGUGCUUGCUACGUCAACAUCCAAGCCAUCGGUGGUCCUCAAGCCUGGGCCGGUUUCGUGCAACCAACGGCCGCGGAUCCCACUGGCGCUCACACUGACCAGACUAGCUUGACGGCUGUCGCUGGCGUCAAGAACGUCGCUGUCUUCCAUAUGUACCAACUUGGACAGGACCGCAGAAGUCGCGGAAUUCUCAACUACUUCGAGAUGUACGACCCUGUGUCGAUGAAGGCCGUCUAUGGUGAGCUCUACCGUCGUGAUAAGUGCCACUUCGAGUACUACUCCGAUCCAUUUGAUUGCACUGCUAACGAGGGCUUCUAUAUGACUAUCCACGGAGUCGAUCAGGUCGGGCAGACAUUCCAGAGGCACGUGGUUGCUUUCUGCUUGCCAGCCGGCUCGACGACCGCUGGACCUACCACCUCUCCUAACACUGGCACUACUCCAUCUACUACCACUACGACGACAGUGACUACCACCACCACUGCCUACACUGGAACCACAAUGACAACGACUCCGGGAAUCCAGACCACCACGUCGGAUGUUCUUGCCAACCGAGUUGUCGACAUCGUCUUCGUCAUCGACAGCUCCGCCACCGCACAGAGCAAAUGGGCCGAUGCAAUCAAUGUUGCCGGAAGCCGGGACGGCGAAUUCCCGGUUGCUCCAUUGAGCUCCAUCACAAGCACCGACGCGCUUUUCAAGGCGCUUAGCGACAUCCAGAACUACUACAAUGACUUCGGCGCCACUGGUCAAUACACUGGACAAGCUCUCGAGCUGGUCUCUGGACAGUACACCAAGCCGUCCGACGGAUACAACCCGAAUACCAAUAACCACUGGGUUAUCUAUUUGACCUCAGCUGCUAGCAUCACCGACACCGAUGACGCCAAGAGGAACGCCAACUAUCUGAAAUCCUUCAAGUAUUACUCGAUCGCUGGUGUUUCUUAUGGAGACGGCAGUAUGGACCGAGCUUCGCUUCAGUUGGUGACUGGAGGUACUCAAUGCUCGUUCGUGCCCUCUGACCAGAACGCGCUGAUGACUACUAUCGUCAUGAAUCUGCAGAACCUUAUCUUCGACAAUGACGGAACGGCCUGCAUGUCUACCUCU